CUACAACUUGAUGAACAACAUAGAGCAUGCCACGUCAUGGAUCAAGUCAGACGGGCACGUCGACUUUAACGCAUGCCUAUUAGACUCUGAGAUCUAUAAAUACCCCUUAUUCCUCUCAUUGCUUGCACCUCAAAACCCAAGCUAUUCCAAUCACAAGGUCUUCUUUGUCUUCCCAUCUCUAUCUCCAUCUCAAACUCCAUCUCGAUCUUGCUUUGUUGUUGAUUGGGAAGGAAGUAAAGCGAGAUGCAGAACUUUUUUGAUGCUAUUCUGGGGAAGCACCCGGAGGGGGGCAAGGGGACGAAGAUUAAAGGGACGGUGGUGCUGAUGAAGAAGAACGUGUUGGAUUUCAACGACUUACACGCCUCGUUGCUCGACCGCAUGCAUGAGGUGUUGGGGAAGGGGAUCUCCUUCCAGCUUGUCAGCGCCACCGUCGGCGAUCCCAAUAACGGGAAGAGAGGGAAGGUGGGGCCAGCGGCAUACCUCGAGGAGUGGAUCACGACGUUGACGUCCUUAUCAGCUGGCGAGUCCAGGUUCAACGUGACCUUCGACUGGGAUGAGAGCCAAGGCAUUCCAGGGGCAGUCAUCGUCAAGAACAGCCACCAUUCCGAGUUUUACCUCAAAUCACUGACCCUGGAUGGUGUCCCUCGCAAGGGAAGUAUCCACUUCGUCUGCAACUCCUGGGUCUAUCCAGUCGACAAGUAUAAAUACGACCGUAUCUUCUUUGCCAAUACUACUUACCUUCCAAGCAAGACGCCCGAGCCACUGCGACCAUACAGACAAGAAGAACUACUCCAUCUCAGAGGGGACGAUGACAGCGGCGAGCUUCAGGAGCAUGACCGGGUCUAUGCCUAUGCUUACUAUAAUGAUCUUGGUAACCCCGACAAGGGUGCCGAGUAUGCUCGACCAGUUCUUGGUGGCUCCAGCGAGUACCCUUACCCUCGGCGUGGCCGGACCGGUCGGCCCCCUACCAAGACUGAUCCAAACACUGAAAGCAGGUUGCCACUUCUGAGCCUCGACAUCUACGUCCCCCGGGACGAGCGGUUCGGGCACCUCAAGAUGUCGGACUUCCUUGGAUACGCUCUCAAGUCAUUAACCCAGUCGCUGCAACCAAUCCUCAACACUCUGUUCGACAAGACCCCGAUGGAGUUCGAUUCAUUCCAAGACGUACUGAACCUCUAUGAAGGUGGGCUGAAGCUGCCCGAGUGCCCUGAACUCGAUGAGAUCAGAGAUCGGAUCCCUUUCGAGAUGAUCAAGGAACUUAUCCGGUCCGACGGGGAGCAGGUGCUUAAGCUCCCACUUCCUCAAGUCAUCAAAGAGGAUAAGUAUGCAUGGAGGACUGAUGAAGAAUUUGGCCGAGAAAUGCUUGCCGGCUUGAACCCUGUUAUGAUUAGGCGCCUCGGGGAAUUCCCUCCAACCAGUAAGCUCGAUCCAAAAACUUAUGGCGACCACACCAGCUCAAUAACAGCAGCUCAGAUCGAAAAGAAUUUAGAGGGCUUGACAGUGGAUCAGGCAUUGAAGAGUAACAGGUUAUUCAUUUUAGAUCACCAUGAUGCCUUGAUCCCUUACCUCAACCGCGUCAACUCUACAUCCAACAAGGUAUAUGCCUCUAGAACUAUACUAUUCCUUAAGGAUGAUGGCACUCUGAAGCCACUGGCCAUUGAGCUGAGCUUACCGCAUCCCGAUGGGGAGCAAAAAGGCGCUGUCAACCAAGUAUUCACUCCAGCUGAAGAUGGCGUCGAGGCUUCAAUUUGGCAGUUGGCUAAAGCCUAUGUUGCUGUCGACGAUUCUGGUUUUCACCAACUGAUCAGCCACUGGCUAAACACACACGCAGCGAUCGAACCAUUUGUAAUUGCGACAAACCGGCAGCUGAGCGCAAUGCACCCAGUCUACAAACUUCUGAGCCCCCACUACCGUGACACGAUGAACAUAAAUGCCCUGGCUCGCCAGAUCCUCAUCAAUGCCGGCGGCGUCCUUGAAUCGACCGUCUUCCCCGGGAAAUAUGCGAUGGAGUUGUCUGCGGUGGUUUACAAGGACUGGAAAGCUCCACAGACCCGCAACUUCACAGAUGAUCUCCUCAAGAGAGGAGUUGCUGUCCGGGACCCGAGCAGCCCAUACAAGGUCCGGCUACUGAUUCAAGACUACCCUUACGCAGUCGACGGGCUGGUCAUAUGGUGGGCGAUCGAGACGUGGGUCACAGACUACUGUUCCUUUUACUACUCCAGCGACGCGGCGGUCCGGGCCGACGUCGAGCUCCAGGCAUGGUGGAAGGAGGUUCGGGAGUCGGCCCACGGCGACAAGAAGGACGAGACAUGGUGCCGAAGAUGCAGACCUUCCGGGAAGCUGACCAAGACAUGCAGCACCAUCAUCUGGGUGGCCUCCGCCCUCCACCGCGGCCGUCAACUUCGGACAGUACCCUACGCCGGCUCUCCGAACCGGCCCCACCAUAAGCGCCGGUUCAUGCCCGAACCGGGAAGCCGGCCCUACGAGAAGCUGGAGAAAUAACCCGGGACGGGGUCUUUCUGGAGACCAUCAGCGGCCAGUUUCAGACCAUUCUCUGGGGUGUCCCUCAUAGAGAUCCUAUCGAGGCACUCCUCGGACGAGGUGUACUUGGGCCAGAGGGACACGCCGGAGUGGACGACGGACGGAAGGCCUCUGGAUGCUUUCAAGCGGUUCGGGGAGCACUUGGUCGAGAUCGAGAACCGGAUUCUGAGGAUGAACCAGGACAAAAGGUUGAAGAAUCGGAAUGGGCCGGUGAAGAUGCCUUACACGUUGCUGUACCCGAGCACGUCCGACUUCUCGGGUGUCGGCGGGCUCACCGGGAGGGGGAUUCCAAACAGCGUCUCCAUUGAAGAAUUUGUUUAGGAUUUGCUAGGAUCGUUAGCUUUGGAAAAUGGCUGUUGGAGUUUGUUUCCGUUAUCCUCGUUUGGGUCAAAUGCAUGGGACGUCACUUUGAGUGAUGGUUUUGAUUAGAUACUUUAGCUAUAUAAAUAAAUGGUUCCCUCUAGUGAUGAUUUUUCUUGUUUUUUUUUUUUUUUUUUUUUUUUUUUGUAUAAGAAAAUCAUCGGUCAUCGCUAAUUUGUUUAAUUCUAAAUACAAAAUUGAUGUAUGUCCAGAUUAUCCA